GUUCUUUCUAAAAGGGGUUUGGGACAUAUUUGUAUAAUUUCUAUAAAAUGGGGAUUAAAAACACGGAGAUUGAAGUUGAGGAAAGCGACUCCCAAAGUGAGGACGAAGAAGUUCACAAGAAGUUGUUGCUAAGUAUUGGAGUGGAUUUGGACUCAGCGAAGACUGAUCAUGGGAAGCAAGAAAGAACAGAGGCAACCAAAGAUAUUUCCGUGUUUUCGAUUUCUUCACAAACUGUCGAAAACUCGAGUUCUAAGAUUCGUUUGAAUGAUUUAAUGAAAGGGUUGAAAGAAACGGUGAAUAUAAAUAAUUUGAAAAAGAAAAUAACUCGAGUUCAACACCCAGAUAGGAGCCUGGAUGCGCCGUUGUCAAAACCUGCGGCGGAGAGACUCCAUCGUAAAGUUGAGUACGAGAAAAAUAAGAAAGAGCUAAAAAAAUGGGACGCUGUUGUACAGAAGAACAGGAAAGCGGAGCAACUUACAUUCCCGUUGAAUCAACAGCCAUUAAGAAUUGCUCAGGUCGAUGAACAUGUUGCGAGCACUAAAGCAAGUAAUUUGACUCCAUUGGAACAAGAGAUUUAUUCACUUUUGCAUGGAAACAAGUUUGCUGAGAGACCGGAUCAUGAUUUAUCUGUUGCAGAGGAGGCAGCAAUGGCUGCUAUGAGCUUGGAGGAUGCGAGAGAGAGAAGAGCAGAGCUGCAAAAGCAUAGAGCGUUGAUGUCGUAUCACGAAUCAAAGAAUAAAAGGAUCCACAAAAUUAAGAGUAAGCAAUAUCACAGAAUGUUGAAAAAGAAGAAGAAGAAAGAGAUGACGGAGUUGGAAGUGGAUGGUGGGGAUGUAGAGAAGGGGGAAAGAAUGAGAGCAGAGGAGAGAGCUUCAUUAAGACAUCGCACGGGAAGCAAAUGGGCGCGGAACAGAGCGCUGAUGGCAAAACAUGAUUCGAACACCAAGCACGAACUGCAGGAACAAUUGAACAAACAUCGAGAGUUGACGCAAAAAGUUCCCGAAGUUUUGGAGGAUUUAGAAGAAAAUGAUGAGAAAGAUGAAAGCUCAGAUGAUGAAGGAUUUGAGGGGAGAACUUUUACUGUGAGUGAGGAUAACCCUUGGUUGAGAUCUGUUCCUGAGGAAGAGGGAUCUAAGGAUCAAACGGAGGAUACUGGAGAUGUUGGCAAGAAUGUUCCCUUGGAUGAAAAGAAUGGCGGCGAAAAUAAGUCCUUAGAAGAUGAAACGGAAGGAGAAAAGGAGGUUGUUGAACAUGUGUUGUUGAAAGAAGAGAUUAUUCCGCCCACCCUGUCAGAAGAAGAGGUUUUGAAACCCAGUCGUCGGAUGUUGAGAUCGUGGUUGAUUGAGAAGAAUACGUCGCCUGAGGCUUUCGAGAUCCAGUUCCCUGUUAAAGAUACGUUUAGUAAGUUCCAAAAAGCGUGCGUGCAACUUAAGGAAGAAGUCCUGGCUGCUGAAGAAGAGAUAUGCGAGAAAAAGGUGGAAGAGAGAGAGGAGGAAGACGAAGAAGGGAAUGAUGAAGGUUUGAUUGAAACUAUUGAUGGUGUUGAUGAUAAUGUGGAAGAAGUUGUAGCAAAAGUGAGGAAACUGGUUGAAAAAUCUGAGGACAAUGUGGGAAAUGUGAAACGUGUUGAAGUUAGCGCGGAAAAGUCAUUUAAUGUUGCUGAAACUGAUUUGUCCAAAACUGAAGCAACGUUUGUGGAAAACGCAGAAGAUUUUGAUGAUCAAAAAAUGACGAUUCAGCAAGCUUUUGCUGAUGAUGAUGUCAUAGCUGAUUUCACGGCAACCAAGCGAAAAUUAAUCGAUGACGAGGCACCGAAAAAAGUUGAUUUGUCACUGCCAGGAUGGGGGGCCUGGGGGGGUGCAGGGGUUCAGCCAACCAGGAAAAGAAAAAGGAGGUUUAAACCGUUGCCUCCACGUAAGCCACGUAAAGAUGGUGGUCUCGGGAGUGUAAUAAUCAACGAAAAACGUGACGUUCAUAUUUCAAAACAUCAAGUCAACCAAGUUCCUCAUCCGUUUACAAGCAUGGAGCAAUUUGAACGCACGAUUACGAGGCCUAUUGGUGGGACAUGGAAUACACCGCAUACAGUGAAAGAAAUGACCAAACCAAAAGUUGUGACACAGAUCGGGGCCAUAAUUGAUCCUAUGAAUAAAUCAGAGGCAUUUGAGGAAUGCACAGACUCAAAAUCAAAACUGAAAUUUGUAAACGGGAAAAAAGAUUCCCGAAAAAAUAAGCGAAAACUGCAACGGAAUGAAAAUUUAAUGAAACUAAAAAGUUAAAUAAGUCAGCGUAUAAUUGUGAAUAAAAACAUUUUUUUCUAUCAAAUGGUUUGUUUAGUUUGUGAACUAAAAUGCUUAUUUACUUUUGGUGUCAUGAGGGUGUUUUUUACAAUAAUAAUUAAGAUUUAUUUCCUAAAACAAAAUGUUGGCAUAUAAGUUUGAGAUUGUUAAAACUCAUUAUUUGCAUUUUGACUUCACACAAGACUUGCCAAAACUUUGUUUAUUAGUGAAAGUUUCAUGGGCUUAUCUGAGAUAUAGACUAUACAGAUUGAGAAAAACUGGUGUACAUUUGUAUUGCUUUGCCAAUUUACCAUUUAAAGUCAUGUGAUAAAUAUGAAAUAUUACUGGUUAUGAUUCUUAGUUAUUAAUUUAAAAAAGCUUGAAAUUGUGGGUUGGAUUUUGGGUUCCGUUAUUUUAGGAGCCAAACUUAUUGGUUGUAUUUACUUUUACACACAUUCUUGUAAAACAAAUCUUUUUUUGGUUGUAAUGUUUACUGAUUAAUGCAGUGUAAAAAACCCAGAGUUGGCCUGUCCACCCUGCCACCCCAGGUUUAGAAACUAAUAAACUAUCACUCUGUUAAUAACCGACCACUGCUGUUUUGUGUGAAUAUAACACCUGUGUUUUGAUCCAAGUAG